AUGUUUUCAAGGAUUUCCAAGAGGUGCAUCUCAAUUUCAAUGAAUAGUGAGGUUAAAUUGCCAUUUGUUCCUUUAGUCAGUGAGACUGGGUUCCCUGGAGCAAUUGGAAAUACCGCUUUGUUGAGAUUGCCUAGAAUAUCAGACUCGGUUGGAAGAAACAUUUACGCCAAAGCAGAGUUUAUGAACCCAGGUGGGUCGAUCAAAGAUAGAGCCGCACUUUAUGUAAUUAAGGAUGCCGAGGAAAAAGGUUUGAUAAAACCAGGUGGAACUGUUGUUGAAGGUACUGCAGGAAAUACCGGAAUUGGUUUAGCCCAUGUUUGUCGUGCAAGGGGUUACAAUUGUGUCAUAUACAUGCCAAACACCCAGUCCAAAAACAAGAUUGAAACUUUGAGAUUACUAGGUGCUGAAGUAUACCCUGUACCUGCUGUUGCAUUCACCGAUUCACAAAACUACAACCACCAAGCCAAAAGACACGCCGAAAGUUUGGACAAUGCUGUUUGGACUAACCAAUUCGACAAUGUUGCCAAUAGACAGGCACAUAUUGAAACCACAGGACCAGAAAUCUGGGCCCAGUUGGAUGGAAAAGUAGAUGCAUUCACUUGUUCUACUGGAACUGGAGGAACUUUUGCCGGUACAUCAAGAUACUUGAAAACAAUUAGUAAUGGCAAGACAAAAUGUGUUCUUGCAGAUCCUCCAGGAUCAGUGCUCUACUCUUAUAUCAAGUCCAAUGGAAAGGAAAUGGAGAGAGGAGGCUCCUCUUUCACUGAAGGUAUCGGUCAAGGAAGAGUUACCGAUAAUUUGAAACCAGAUAUCGAAAUCGUCGACGACGCCGUCAAGAUCCCCGAUGAGGACUCGAUUGCCAUGCUUUAUAGGCUAUUGGAUGAGGAAGGGUUGUAUUUGGGAGGUACUGGAGCAUUGAAUGUUGUUGCUGCAGUGGAAGUGGCCAAAACUUUACCAGAAGGAAGUAACGUUGUGACUAUUUUGGCCGACUCUGCCCACAAAUACAGUGAUAGAAUCUUUUCCAAGACCUGGUUGAAGGAGAAAGGGUUAUAUGGUGCUAUUCCAGACCAUUUGAAAAAGUAUGCCGUUUUGGAUUAG